CUUAUUUCCCCCUUUUUAUACAGAGCCACACAAUGCGUGUUGCUGUGUGUGAAGUACUAGGAGAGAUCCUUGUGCAAGUCCUGUGUGGUGAUGAUCUAGAUGAGUCCAGUAAAGCUGACCGUGACCGCUUCUUUGACACACUGCAGGAACAUCUGCAUGACACACAUGCCCAUGUCAGAGCACGUGUGUUGCAGGUUUACACACGCAUUGUCAACAGCAAAGCACUGCCCCUGUGUAGGUACAGUGAAGUAAUGGAACUUGCUGUGGGACGACUGAUGGACAAAUCUAUAAAUGCGGUGAAAAGUGCUAUACAGCUGUUGGCAGCCUUCAUCGCACAAAACCCCUAUAGCUGCAAGUUGAGCAGUACAGAUUUGAAGAAGCCACUGGAGAAAGAAGUUGCUAAACUCAGAGAGCUGAAAGAGAAACUGCAGGGAAAAGCACCUG